AUGAGAUCUAUAGUCUAUCUCCUCUCAUGUGGGGCAGUCUCUUCAGAACCCAGUGCCGCCGACCGACGGCUCUACGGGGUGCCGUUGGUCACCGACCUGGAUUUCUUCGACACGGACCUCGUCGCUGGCUCUGUGGGAGCAACCUUGACGUGGGUGCCGCCGACAGUUUUAAGUGAAGUGAUCGGCUACACGGUGUAUUUGGCAGACAGUGCUGGAUCCAGCACUGGCCGCGUGACAUUAGGUUCUGUGCUGGUGGGGACAAACUUGCUGGCAGUGCCUGCUGGAACUGCCGUGAACAACAGCUUGACGCAUCUGUUUGUUCAUUCCGAAUCCAAUCUGGGUUUGCGACCUGAUGGUGCAGGCCUUGAGAUUUGUGAUGUUUCAGCUACUGACACGUUGUUUCUUCAGAAUGCAGCUGCUUCAACUUAUGCCUGGGGCAUCCCAGAUUUGAGCUUUCAUCGCUUGCCGGAUUGCUCCGACACUGCAAUGCUCUUUGCACAGCCCGGCCUUUCAGGCUCCGAGAGUGGCUAUGGAGAAGCGAACGCCUUCGAUGGUGACUCCAGCACUCCCUGGGUCUCGUCUUGUUCCAGCUGUACGGUGGGUCAGGCUCUCAUUGGUGUGGUAGGCGUGUGCAAGCCAGAGGAAGUACGUUGCGUGAAGUUACGUCAGUGCACCGCCGGGCGUGGCGACUACGGCUGCCCCUCGAGCGCCUCGCGGAUGUCCCGGGUCUCGCUGCUUGCCAAGGGAGAGCACGUCUUCACCUGGAACUUUCUACAGGGUCAAACCUCUUCGGUUUUGCCCGCCCUGGAGAUGGAGCUGCUGAUGUUGCCCAGCCGAAGACGCCGAGCCACUGUGUCGGCAUUUGUUGACGUCUCCUACCAAGUGCAGGCGGAUGCAGAGGUGAAUCCUGGCUUUUCAUCCCGCUGA